AUGGCUUCUGCACCGCCCGUGACGCCCACGCCGCCGCCGUCCUCCACUCCCCGGGCACCCUCCAGCCUAUAUGCGCUUCAGGUUCGCGCCUUUCUCGAGGCUGCGGACGCUGUUGACGCGGACCCAGACGUGAUCGAGGACCUCCUCGACGGAUUUCCCGUGGACGAGUCCCUGAACCCCGAAGAUCUCCAGGACGGGGACCCGGCCGGCGACGCGGAUGCGGACGCGGGCGGUGCCGCCGGCGCUGGUCACGCUCCGACCGCAGCGGCCCGUGACCAGGGUCACGCCGAAGGAGGCUCAGACGAAGACUCGGACGCCGGCGGAGACAUCGCACACGAACUCGCGGCGUAUAUCGACGAAGCACAGACCGCAUGGACGGCACCGGAGAUCAAGCAGAUGAAGCACGUCUUGAAAGAGCAGGGGAUGACGCCGUUCGUCAACGAGUAUGUGAUCCGGCGCGGGGUUCCUAUCCCCAAACUGCUAUACGCUUUUGGAGUCUGUCUGUGCAAGGAGCUCCGUCAGAAGCAACACCGCACGAUGCUCUACUUUCUCCGUGUCGCUCUCUCACGCGAGCUAGAGUCACGAGAACGCCUGCAAACGUACAACACCGUCGACGAUGCUGUCCACCUUAUCCGAGCGUCGAAACGCAUACUCAUCCUCACGGGCGCUGGAAUCAGCGUCUCAUGCGGCAUUCCUGACUUCCGAUCAAGAAACGGGCUCUAUGCGUCGCUACAAGACAGCGGAGAGUACGAGCUCGAUGAUCCGCAGCAGAUGUUUGACAUUCAGUUCUUCCGUGAGAACCCGGCGGGUAAGUUGUGUACCGUUGUUGUUGCGAACAAAAUAUACCCGUCAAAUUUCAUACCUUCUCCAUGCCAUCGUUUUAUCAAGCUUGUCGAAGACAAAGGCAAGCUGCUGCGGAACUACACCCAAAACAUUGACACUCUCGAAACGCUCGUAGGCGUCAAGCGGGUUGUGCAAUGCCAUGGCUCAUUCGCCACCGCCUCGUGCGUGAACUGCCGCAUCGAGGUUCCCGGCUCAGAAAUUGCCGAAGAGAUCAUGAGCCAGCGCGUGCCGCUGUGUAAGGUCUGUAACGUGCCGCAGCCUGUCCCUCCGGCCAAAGCGGGGAAGAAGGGUAGGCGGCGCAAGACCAAAAACGGCUGGGAUAGCGACGCGUCCGACGAGCCGGAGCCCCCGCCGUACCCGCCUGGCGUGAUGAAGCCCGGCAUUACAUUUUUCGGCGAGGGGCUCGACGACGUUUUCAGCCGCUCUCUGAUGGAGGACAGGGCGCAGGUCGACCUCGUUAUCAUCAUCGGAACCUCGCUCAAGGUCUCGCCCGUGUCAGACACAAUAUCGCAUCUGCCACACUCCGUCCCGCAGAUUCUUAUUAACAAGACACCAGUGAAGCACAUCAACCCAGAUAUUGUCCUGCUUGGCAACGCAGAUGACGUCGUCCAGCACCUGUGUCGUCGGCUCAAUUGGGACCUGCCCGCAGCUUUGCCCAACGCAAGCGGGCUCGAGCCGCCGCGCCCCAACCUGAGGAAACGACCGUCCGCGGACUUCGAUCCCGAACCGCGGCGCGUGGGUAGCAGCUACGUGUGGCUCUUCGAGGGCGCUGAAGGUGGUCGAUGGGCGGACGACGUGGAGAAGAAGUAUCCGGCCCUUGGGCCAGAGACCGCAUCGGCGUCGCGCUCGCACCCGUCCGCUGGAUCCCACCAGGCAACAGACCACCAGGUGAAGAAAGCUCGCAUUCAAUAG